AUUCUAUGGCUUAUGAUUCAGCGGCAAAGUGUUCAGUGGUUAGAAUGACUUACAGAUUUGCUACUUAAUUAAUUAAUUAAUAUGAUAAAUAAACCGACACACAACGCACUUCAACUUACUGUAGCUAUUAUAAAACCACAUAUUUUACAAGCGCCACACCUUAUUAAGGCAAUACGAGAAAUCAUACUAUCAAAUAAAUUUUAUGUUAUUAGAACAAAAAGAACAAAGUUAACUGGAAAACUGGCCGGAGAAUUAUACGUUGAACACAAAAAUAAGUUCUUUUAUAACCGCUUGAUAACUUUCAUGUGCAGUGGCCCAAUAGACGUCCACGUCUUGGCACACCACAACGCAAUCCAGUUGUGGCGAGAUCUAAUGGGGCCGACAAAGUCGUACCAGGCGCGGUUCACGUCUCCUGAUACCAUACGUGGAAAACAUGGUUUAUCAGACACAAGAAAUGCAGUACACGGUUCAGAUUCACCCGAGUCUGCUGAAAAGGAAGCAUUGAUACUGUUUCCAGAGUUCAGUAUAAGGCAGUGGUACAAAGAUGAAGAGAAAUAUUUUAUAAAUGGAAAAGUGGUGUUCAACAAGGAAAACUUUGUGCAUAGAGCAGCAUAGAUUGAAAAUGUGAUAACCAUUCUUAACAAAAGUACUUGUAAUGAACGCUGGAGGUUACUGGUGGCAGUGAUGAAUACUGAACAUUAUAGUAUUUGCCGAACAGAUAACUUAUUUUGCAGUGGUUACACCAGUGUGUAACAGCAAUGAUGUGCUCUAUUUGUAGACUUAGUGUACAGCUGGACCACACUGUGAACUGUUGAAGACUGAGCUGAACUCUGGCUUGCUUGCCGUUGCCUGCUAGCCAAGGCUUCGUCAGCUCUAGCUCAGCGUACUUCUCUACCUGCGGGUGUAAUAAUGAUGCCAAAUAAUUUAACCUUAGUAAAAUAAAAUAGUAGUAUGUUGAAAACUA